GAGAAAAUGACGAUAGUUUAAUUUAUUCAUAUUACUAUAAUAUGCAGGUCCUGAAUACCAGCGCAUCUAAUUAAGAAUUUCUAAAUGUGAGUCACUGCAAGCAACCUCUCUGACGCCUUCCUUGCCUCUUGUUUUGCACAAAGUGUUGUUUCGUAUCGAUUUUCACAUUAACAUGAUUAUUGUUUCCAAUUCCCAACUAUGAUUUUGUUCUUGGAUCAAGAAUGAACAAUAGCCCUUUUGGUGCUAGAUAAAGGACCAACCUCCCAUCAUCUAGCACCAACAACUUUUUGCCCUUUUCCUUUUGGUCCUGUUAUUUUCUUUUGCAUAGGAUGGGAUGGAAGGCACAAAGCUUGUUUGCGUAUCGUCUUCCCUUGUCUUGAGUUCUAGAGAGGUCCAAUUGAGUUUUAGUAGUUGAACCUCAAGGAAGGCACAUCUUCUUUGUGCGCUUAUUGUAUUGGUUGUCAGCAUCUUUGACAAGUCACAUAUUGGCUCUUCAAAAUCUGAUUUUGGUUCUAUUUCUAACAAAGCAGUGGGAGACAUGGCACAACUAGGUUGCUCCCUCUUUAGUUUUUAACAUGUUUGGCUUCCGAGCAAACUUUCUCCAGACCCCAAGAAAAUAUAAGAUCCGAUCAGAUAUGUGUCGAUGCUCAUCUCAGCGUACUCCCGUUGCAACGGGCACACACCCAGUACAGCUGAUAUCCGGAACGAGCCCGCUCGGCCAAAUCGACCGGACCUGAGCGCUCUCGUUCUCUCUACUCCUCCGUUCUCUCUCACGCGAGCAGUGCAUCCUUGAGCCACCGCCGCCGUGAGGAGCUCCGCCCGUCCGCCGUCAUCCGUCAAAUCAGGUGAAUCUGCCACCACCUCUUCUCCUUCCAGGCCCCCUCUUCUCUUCCCCCACCGGCCCCUUUCCUCCUCCACUAUUUGUGCUUCUGCCAUCGCCACCUUCCUCCACGCCGUCAGCAGAUCUGCUCUGUCUUCUCCUCCCUUCACCAGAUCUGCUGGGUGCAGGGAGCUUCACAGUGAUGGAUCUGAAGAGAAGUGGGAAAUGGCAGAAAAGACCCGGCAGCUAGGUAUUGUGCACGUCUCUGUGUCCGUCCGUCGCCGGAUCUGGUCGUAGUGGAGACGUAGUGUCUGAUCAGGCAGCAACAGCAGCGACGCGUCGAUAGAUACUAGUUGACGAUAGGGUUGCUGUGGCAGGGGCAGCUGCGUGUUGGACGACGACGCGGUGCCCAUGCCGUUGGCAAGCGUCGCGGCCGUGGCGGCACCGCCCAAGGCGUUGGCGGCCACCACAGACACGGUUGGCCUUGUAGGAAAACACUAAUAAUUCUUGUUUAUUAGUGUUGUCUUGUCUCUUGGUUUAAUACCAUCCAAAGAAGUACUGUCCUGUCAGGAAAACACUAAUAAUUCUUGUUUGGACGAAUCUUCACUCCACUUGGAUGGUCACCAUGCUCAGUUGUGAUAACAAGACAAAUCCAAGCUGGUUACCAACGCCCGAUUGCACAAAAGCCAUUUUAUUCGAAUAUAUCCAAAUGCAAUCUGUAAAAAGAUUACUGCGAAUCAGUUUAAUCCCAGCAAGAAUCUGGGAAUUUUCUGUUGUUGCUUUGUGCUCGCACGAGCAGCAGAGCUAGCACUGGCAUUCAUGGCACUGUUGUGAAUGUGAAUUCUACGCACGAGCAACAAGAAUCAUGUUUUGUUUCUUAAACUUUUAAUUCUUCAAUUGUUGUCUCAUGUUACUCUCUGCUUGGCGGAAUUCUAUGCAACAAGAAACCGGUAACUGUGCUACUAUACUCUUUCCAUAACAAUGGCAGUGAGCAUCCUUCUUCCGAUUUUGUAAACUAUUUUAUUGAUGAAUUGAACUUGGUAUGUCAUGGUGAUAUGAACUCAUGUAUCGUAGUUGUUUGAUGAACUAUGGUUAUGUGUUGUGAUUUUGCUUGUGUACUUGAACAUCGCUGGUGAUGAACUAUGGUUAUGAGUUAUGGUUGGGUGAACUAUGGAUAUGAACUCAUGUUUUGGUAUUAUUAAAAUGUUUCAGAGCAUAUAACUCAUGUUUUCAAUGUUUUGGUACUAUGGAUAUGAACACAUACUGUUCCUGCGCACAUGUUGUUGUUGGCGAGUGGAGUGAUGUUGAACAAAAGCAGCUCCAUUUAGCAGAAAGGCCAAUCGAGCACUCGAGUGAUGUUGUCGCGGUUCUGCUCUGGUGGCCAUUUGGUACAGGCGUCGGACUCCCAGGAGGAUGACCGGUGGCAAGAGGUUCGGCGGCGGGCGGGUGCCGACGGGGACCCCGUCCCUCGCGUGGUCGUCCGUCGUCAUCGUCGCCUCCCUCCUCGUUGGCGCCUCCAUCGUCCACAACAUCUACAAGCCUGACAUGACCAUUCCACCUGUGGAGGGUGCCGCCGGCGGCGGCGGCCAAGAAAGCUGAGCUACGAAUGGCUGGACACUGCAUGCAAGAGAGGAGGCUGGGCAUGGGAGUAGUGAGGGACCGGCCAUCAGCACCUUUUUUUUUUUGUUCUAGAACAAAAACGAUAUUAUGUUGUUCUUUUCUGUUUUGCUACCAAAAGAUGUGAGGCUGCAUAGUAUUUGCUUCGUUAGGCGCUACUGGUCACGCGUAACCAUGGUAUAUGUACGUUGAUUUUGUUUUUUCUAAUGCCUAAUAAUCACUACACUCAAAA